CUAAAUUCAAAUUCAUACUCUCUCUCUCUCAUACUCUCUCUCUCUCUCUCUCUGACUGAACGACGAUGUUCUUCGGUGAUUCGCAAGAACCAGAUUCCGAGCUCGCAGACGAAGUCGAAGAAGAAGAAGAAGUUGAACAUGAAGAAGAUGAAGAUGAAGAAGGAGGAACGGAGGAUUCAUGGCGGCCGCCUCCGGGCUCCUGCUCGCAAGGCCACAGGCCGUCGCUGAACCUCAGAACCCGGCAAGGCGGCGGCAUCUGCUUGCUCUGCCUCUCCAACCUCCUCCUCGCCGCCGCCCCUCCCGCCCCCACCGUCCACGUCUCCUACGCCCUCUCCCAGCUCUCCCGUGCCCUCUCGGACCCUCCCUUCCUCCGGUCCCUCCUCGCCUCCCACGCCCACCUCCUCCCCUCCCCUCUCGUCCGGGCGCUCUCGGCCUCCGACGACGAGCCGAUCGCUCGCCAGAUCAUCGACCUGAUGAUCGUCCUUCUGUCGCAUUCCGGCGGUGAAUUGGGAUUGGCUGGUGAGUUUGCGGCCAGGGUUUCGGACCUGCUCUGUUCUCGCGCGCUGGGGUGGAGUCGACGCCAGGUUCAUGUGCUCCACUGCUUUGGUAUCCUUCUAAACCAUGGGACGACCGAUAUUUAUGUUUCGAUCAAAGAUAGACAUGCCCUUGUUGUUCAUCUUAUGGAUGGUCUUCAACUGCCGAGUGAUGAUAUCCAGGGGGAGAUAUUAUUUGUGCUGUACAAGUUGUCGGUCCUCCAGCGGGAAUUUGGGGAUGGUGACAAAAGUGAUCCUUUUGUUGCUUGCAGUCCCAAGCUCAUACGUCUGUCGUUGGAUGUCCUCUUGAAGACCCAAAGUGAUGAUGUUCGCCUGAACUGUGUAGCACUUUUGUCGAUGCUGGUUCAGAGAGGAUUUCUCAAAGAUCCAUAUGAUGAUUAUAUGAGCAACUUGAGUUCUGUUGAAGCCGAUAGUCUCGAACAAGUUACAGAUGAUUUAUCAGAUAUCUCUCCCCUCUGCACCUUAUUUUCAGAGGCCAUCAAAGGUCCAUUGCUUUCAUCAGAUGGCCAAGUCCAAAUGAGCACAUUAGAGUUAAUUGCCUAUUAUUUAGGUGAACUAAAUUCAGUGAAGCAGUUUCAACUUUUGGUGGAAGCAAAUAUUGCGGAUUAUGUAUUCGAAAUUCUCAGGUUAUCAGAAUGCAAGGAUCCUGUGGUCAGCUCUUGCCUUAGAGUUCUUGAUCUCCUGUCAAGUGCUGGACAAGCUUUUACACAGAGGCUUGCAGUUGGCUUUGCCUCUCUAAUUCCUGUCUUUGCUUAUGUUGCUGAAGUGCCUUUUCAUCCCAGUCAGCUUCAGCUACUGAAGCUCAUUUUUAGCUGCAUUUCUAACUGCCCCGGAGUGGCAUCAACUUCACAAAGUGAGCAACUAGCUGUUAUUUUGGCAAGGAUGCUUAGAAGAUAUAAUGAUGGUGAAACAGGCAUGCUUUCAGAAUCAUUCAUGCUGGUAUGCUCUAUCUUGAUGAGUAUGAUGAAUUCCCCAUCUUCUCAUGAUGUCUUAAAUCUAACAACAUGCAUUCAAGAGUCAUCAAAAGAUGCCAUUUUAGCUUGUCUAAGUGCUACCAGAGAGCAUACAGACCUGCUUCUGCAUUCCUUGCUUCUACUGAAAGAGGCCUUUGCUUAUGGUUAUGGAGGUUACCCAGUUGACAACUCCAACAAGAAUGGAUUGCAACAUUGUGUCAUUGAUAUAUGUAGAAAAUGGCUAUUGCCUUGGCUAUGGAAAUCCAUCAAAGGAGAAGAGGAGGAGGAGACUGUCCUGUGCGUUCUUGAUAUUUUUCAUGCAAUACUUAUUCACAGCUAUGAUGACCAAACCAACGAAUUCGCAGAGAACAUGAUCUCCAGUUCUUGGUUCACCUUCUCAUUCAGCUGUUUAGCUUUAUAUCCAACAGAGAGGAUGAAAAGCCGAAUAUAUUUGAUGAUGAGUUCACUUGUUGAAGUUCUACUUGGAAAUGAUUGUGGGCAGAACAUUAGGGAUGCUGUGUCUUACCUUCCAUCUGAUCCAAAUGAUUUGCUGUUUCUGCUAGGGCAACAGAGCUCCCAUAAUCUGCAGCUAUCCUUUUGUCAAUCUGCGGCCCUGCAAAUUUUGUAUUGCAGUUCUUUGUUCGAUGAAAGGCUUGCAGCUGAUAAAGUAGUGUUAGCUUCCAUUGAACAAUAUAUCCUCGUCAAUGGGUGUGAUCUAACACGCACUUCUAUGAGUUCAUCGACUGUUGUUCAACUAGUUGCUCUAUAUAGCCUGUAUAGGGGUCUUGCCAAGAUGAGCUACCAAAUGCCAUAUAGUCCAGAAGCUGAGAGGCUCUUUAUACAACUAGUCACCAAAAGUGAAUGGGAUCUGCUGUCUACCAGAAUUCAUCCUACAUCGCUUAAAUGGUUGUUUCAACAAGAGAAACUCUGUGAAUCACUGUCUUGUCAGAUCUUGAAGUUCUGCAGAAUUAGUCCCACUUCUGACAACCCAUUAAUUGUCCAUGGGAAAAAGGGUCGUGAUCUGGAUGUGCAAUCGAUUGCAGAAUUGGUGGCAGCAGAAGACAAUUAUGCUGCAAAACUUUUUGUGUACAUAUUUGAAGAGGUUGUUAUGGAAAAUAACCAAGAGAAUGACUUGACUUCAGUAUUGAAUCUCAUGGCAGAUGUCACACGUAUCUUUCCUGAGGCUUCUAACAAAUUAUGCUUGAAUGGAAUAGCAAAGGCAAUUCAUAACUUCUAUAACAAUUCAAGCCCAUCCUCAGAGGUAUACACAGCCAUGGCAAUCUUUAUUUUCAACAUAUUGAGUUCGGUUGAUUCAGAUGCUCUUGCUGACAAUGAAACCUGGGUUGCAGUUGCUAUGAAGUUGAUGGAUCACUUGAUUUACUCGGGUGACAUAGGAAAGUGCUCCACCUGUUGCUUGAUUCUUGGCAUUUUGUGCUUGGUUUUGCACCACUCAACAAAUGGAGCACUAGUGGAGGCUUCAAAAAUCGUUCUUCUCAACACUUCAUUGGCAUCGACCUUGUCCAGUGCUAUUCAUGUGGCCUGUCCGAAUGGACCAGCAAUGCAUAACAUUGAUGAGGGAACAAAGGCUGGAGAAACUUUGAUACAUGUGCUUUUAUUGCACUAUUUUGCUUUUAAAAGCAUGCAUGCCGUUUUACCGAAUGCAGUGGACUGGGAUAAUCUGAUUGGUCAAACAACAUGCAUGGAGUCGCGUCCUUUCUUAAGCAUCAAGUGCCAUGACUUGUGCAGGCUGAUGCAUUUCGGACCUCCUCUUGUCAAGCUCGUCGCUUCAUACUGUCUGCUGGAGUUGUUUAUUAGGUUAUCCGAACAGAGAGACGGCAAGCAUGAGGACCUAUGCACGGAUAAAUACUGGAUGUCGCUGAUGGCUGUAUUUGAAGGCUUGCUUUUGUACAAUGAUACCAGAGUGGCGAUAAACAGUAGCCUUUGCCUUGCAAUGAUCUUGAAGUGGGAAGAAGUAGCAGAAAUAUUCAACAGGAGAAGUAUGUGGUGCAGAUUGAUUUUGGAAGAGUUGGUAAUAUCUCUGGCAGCUCCGUCUUUAGCGUCUAAAUCUCCCACCAAUCAUCACAAGGCUGCUGUUAUUGUAUCUGUAGCACUGCUGAAGCUACCUAAAGUUCCAGAAUGGAUGCGGUCCGUGUUUAACGAUACCUUCUUGACUGGUAUACUUGGAAACCUCACAGGCAGUGACUUGAGUGCAGAGAUUUUCCUCCUAUUGCGUGAGCUGUUGAACUCUCAGCUCCUGUGUGCAGAUCAUGUGGCUAACCUAAACAGGCUGCUUCAGGAAUGCAGGACUCACAUAUAUGGUGAAAACACGAAAGAUGAAAGCAAAGAGAAAUGUCCAAAGAAGGUUAUUGCCGUUGACGAUGACACGGAAGCAACUAUCGAUUUUCUCGUUGAUCUGAUUACAUCUGAUUCACAACGAGCAGAGGUAUAUGGAGGACUUCAAAUCGGCAACGAGAGAUUGCUGGAUGAGAUAGAAAUGUAUUUCAGGUCAACAGCAGCAGAUGAUGGUACGAGAAACUCCUAGAGAUCCGAUUAUACUGCAGUAUCAUCUCUUUUCAAUAUACAAAGAUACUACAUUAAAAGUUUCAAAUGAAAGCACACCACCAUCUAUAAGUCACUACACAUCUGAACUACAAAAACUCCUUGAUAAUAAAACCUUUGGAGGAGAUACAUAAAACAUCCAGUGACCGGAGGAUGAGUAUGGAUAUCCUCAAUGAAGGGGCAACUUAUUCGGCCAAUCCAUCAUCAAAGAAGAUACCAUGCAAAGGUGGAUAUGCGUGAAUGUUCUUUUUAUUUCUUAUUUUUGGUCCCUCACUUUUCCUUUCUUUAGUCUUUUUUUGUUACUGAUAGCAAUAAGUGGGUUUUUAUUGUCCAAACCAAAGCCUUCUCUUUCCUUCAAAA